AGCUAAGAAAGAUUGCUAGAGCUUAAUCUUAUAUAGAUUUAAAUAUAGCACUGGUAAAUUUGAGAGAGAGUGUUUAUUAUAAAAAUCCAAAUCACAAAAAUAUGGUUAACUGGCUAGAAAAGCAGUGGUUACCACAAAUUGAGAGAUGGGCAUAUUUUUAUCGUAAGGAUAGAUUAAUGGUAAGUAUUAAUACAAACAAUGGAGUUGAAAGACAGAAUAAAACAUUUAAACAUACUCACUUAAAAAAGCACCAAAACUCUUCCUUAUCUUCUAUGCUUACAAUACUUAUUGAAGAACAUUUUCCAGAUAUAUACAAUAGAUACUGUGAGAUUAAUACAAGAUCUAGUGGAAAUUACCGUCAGUAUAGCUCUUACCUACCAUCUUUUCUACAUGAUAGACCAAGACACUUUGUAAAGCAUUGCUUGCAAAAAAUGUCUCUUGCACAACAUAUUGACUUGUCUGGAGUUUUAGUCAGUGAACCUGGCAAGUUUUUAUGUGCAUCUUCUACAAACUCUCGUGAAUUUUAUAGUAUUUUCUUUGGUGAUUCAGAUAAUAUGCCCAAUUGCACUUGCCAGGAUUGGAUAACAACAGGGUAUCUUUGCAAGCAUUUCUUUGCUGUCUUUAAUAAAUACCCUUCAUGGAAUUGGUACACUUUGUCAAACGUAUAUAUAAACUCACCAUUUUUGAACUUAGGUAAAGAAAUUGUAUUUGCUGAAAAAGCCAUAUCUGUUAAUCUGAAUCAGCAACCAAUAACCGAAACAGAAACAAAAGACAAAGAAAUACAUUCUAAGGAGAUAAUAUUAGAAGAACUUCCUAAACAAAAAACAUGGUUUAACACUAAGGCUGCAGUGUUUAGAGAUCUUGCCAAACAAUUGAUCAAUGAAUCAUUUCUCAUUGAAAAUGAGGAGAUAUUAGAAAAUGGUAUAGAAGUAUUAAAAACAAUUAAAAACUUAUUUGGCAAAUGCAUUCCAAGUGAACAAGGCAUUCAGUUACAACCGAUUGUUAAGAAAAAUAAGCAUAAGUUUCAAAAAUUCAAUAUUCCCUUAAGAAAAAAACGUGAUUUUUUUUCAGGGCGGCAUGGGGUGGGUGCAGAAAAACUCAGAUCCCUAAAAAAUUCUGCAAAAACAGCAAAUAAAAAACAAAAAGUACCCUUUGAAACGGUACAAAUGGAGACGUGUGAAAAUCUUGAUGCAGAUAUCGAAGAAUAUUGCGUUGAAAUGUUUGACAACAACAAUCUGUUAAGUAUGCUACAAGAAAAAGAUGUAGAAACAAUGAAAGAGGAACGCAGCAUUGAAUGGAUUACGCUUGACAACAAUAACCAGAUUAACUUGACACAAGCUGAAAUACAUCUAAUUGAGAAUAAUGAAAUGCUAACAGAUCUAAGUAUCAAUGCUGCCCAAUCAGUUCUUAAAAAUCAAUUUCAUAUUAAAUCAGGGUUUCAAGAUACAAUCUUAGGGGAAAAAUAUUUGUUCAAAGAAGAGAAGGGUCAAUUCAUUCAAAUAUUAUAUAAUGGUCAAUAUCAUUGGAUUAUGGUUUCAAAUGUGAAUUGUCCAGUAGAUACUAUUUGCUAUUAUGACAACCUUUUUCACGGACAAGUAAAAGAUCACGUAAAGCAACAAAUUUGUAAUAUUUACAAAACUAAAGGCAAAAAAUUAACUAUUCAUGUACGCAAAUGUCAACAGCAAACUAAUGGGGUAGAUUGUGGUGUUUUUGCGAUAGCCUAUGCAUUUAGUAUACUAAGUAAUAUUGACAUUGGAACAUUGGCUCUAGACAGCAACAAGAUUAGGAAACACUUCCUUGAAUCUAUCAAAACAAGAAAUUUUGCAACUUUUCCACUUAGUCAGACAGAAGUAUGUUUUAAUAAGGAAGAAAUUAUAACUUUACAAAUUUCUUGCUCGUGCCGAUCAUAUUGGUUGUGGUAUCAUGCAAAGAACCCUGCUCUUCAUAUGGUGCAAUGUGAUGUAUGCAAUGAAUGGUUUCAUAGAAAAUGCGAAAAUAUAUCAGAUGAAAUAUUCAAAAAAAUAAAUGCUGAAAAGUGUUGGGUCUGUUUUGCAUGUAAAUAAUUAGCUAUGUUCCACCUUUUUUUUAAUUUGAGCUUGCGAUUAUAUUAAAAGUGUACAACCUUAAUGUGAAAGAAGACAUUUAUAAAACACUGGAAUGGAAGACGUUUUAAUUAUUAUUAGUUAUUAAGGUCCUCCUAGACCUAUUAUCAAGAAUUUCACUCCUCCUUCUUUACUGAUGUUGUGUAUAUGGCUGGAGCCACACUUGAACCUCAGAUCUCUUGGUUCUAAGCCAGAACUCUAACCACUACACCACAGCUUUAAAAGUGAUGGUGAUUAAACUAUAUCAAAAAAAAGAAACAUAGCACCAACAGUAUUGGUAUUCUUUUAACAGCUGUUGUUAUUUUUCUUCCUUAUAACUGAAUUUUUUGAGCAUUGUUUUAAAUUUCCCUCUUUAAGGAAUACUAAAUUGAAAUUUUUGCAAACAAAAAAACUUAUUUUUCUUAACAAAUUUCUACUUGUAACUGCAAUAAGUGCAUUUUUAACAGGUUAAAGUAAAAUUAUACAUCAAAUGAAUCUUUUUUGUUCUUUUAACAAGUGGCAGCAAGCAACCAGUAUUAAGUUAGGAGUUACUAGAAAAUAAAGCAUAGAGUUUAUGAGCAAGGAAGCGUUUGUUUUUUUAUUUUUUUACAUUUUCACUUACAACAAGGCUGUAAGCAACCACUAUAAGAGUUAGAAGUUACUGGAAGAGGAAAGAUGAAGUUUGUAGAGCAAGAUAACGAUUAACAGACGACUUAAAAGAGAGCAAAUUGUAUAAAUCAGGGAAGCAAGAUGAAGGAAGCGAAUUCCAAAGAACUGAUGUUCAAGUUAAAAAACUAGACUAAUAAGAGUUUUUGAAACACUUGGGAACAGUCACAGAAAAAGGAUGAGAUUUAAUUGAAUGACAAGUAACACGAGCAUAACUUUUAGUAAAUCGCACAAGGGGCGCUAGCUCUUUAAAGCAGUGCCCAUUAUAGUAUAAUGGUAAAUGGUAGUGUCGUCAGCGAACAAUGCCACUAUAAAUGUGAGAAUAUCAAGAAGAUCGUUGGUGUAAAAAAAAAAGAGUAUAGGUGUAAAAAAAAAAGAGUAUAGGGCCAAGGAUUGAACCUUAAGGAACCUCUGAAGUUACAGGAUAUGAAGAAGAGUGCUGUCAAUCAAGGACAACUGUUAUACUACAAUUGGAAAGAAAGGACUCAAUAAUCCUAAAGAUGUUACCAGAUAUAAUGGUAGUUAGACAAAUCAGAUCGCUCUCCAGAAUUCUUGAAAAAAGGGAUAAUAGAUGCCGCUUUCCAGCAUUCUGGAAAAUGAGACUCUAAUAAGCACUUGUUAAAUAGUUUGAAAAUAUGGGUAAAAUAUGGGUACUUGGAAUAUUGUUGAUAGAAGACUUGAAAUAUUGUUGGUUGUAUGAGUUAGGAAAACAAGAUAGGAGAAAGUUCCUAAGGGUUAAAGUACAGGGAAAAAACUAGACAAAUAAAAGUUUUUAGAGCAUACAUGGACAGAUAAAAAAAUUAGACUUAUCAAUAUAGGAUGUCAACAAUAUUGCAAUAGUAAUUUGCAGUUAAUGAGUUUUGUAGGAGUUAAAAUUCCCAUGUAACUGCAAGCUAUAAUCUGUUGCAGAGGUGAGAUCAGAUUCAAGGUCGAUUGUCUGUUCUUUGCAAUGGAAAUGAUAAGACUCAUUGUCAAGUCAGUAAUAUAAUAUUGAGUCAUCAGCAUAUAGAGCCACUUUAGACGUAAGGUUGUCGGGAAGAUCAUUAAUGUUGAUAGGAAACAAAACAGGACCAAGGAUAAAACCUUAAGGUAUCCCAGAAGUUACUGGAAGUGAAGAAGAGGGUUAGCCUUCAAGGAUGAAUUUCAAUAAGCAGUUCAAAAGUAAAGAUUUGAUAAUGUUAAAAACUUUCCCAGAUACACCAUAUGAAGCAAGCUUAUCAUCAGCAAAAUGAGCCAUUAAGCUACUUUAGUGGUAAGAUUGUCAAGACGAUCAAUACAUAAAUAUGGAAAAAAACUUCAUUUUGUGUGUUGAGCAAGUAACCAAUAGAAACAAUAUUGGGAGAUGACGAGAAAGAGUUAAAAAAGUACUAUCAAUGGGAAUAUUAUGGUGGCCACCUGUUUGCAAUUUAACAUAUUUAAUGUAAAUGAAAAUAUAUUAUAUAGAGAGACUUAUGUGUAAAGACGUCUUAAACUUGUGUUGUUUAAAGGACCUCAAUGUAAGUAAAGAUGUUACAACAUUUAAUAACAGUUUAUGUGAUUAGGAAAUAUUUAUUGAGUAUUUAACAAUGUUCUAUGAUAUGUUUUUUAAGUCAUUGUUUUUUUAACUUUAUUCCCAAAUAACUUUGAUUAAAUUUUUAUGUAAUUGUCAGUUGUUUAUUACUUAUUUCUUAUAUAAGUAAGGAAUUUUAAAUUUAAAAAUGUUAUUUUUAUAUGUCUUUUAAAUUCUUUUUACGUCGAUCGAUCUUUUCAAAUCAAACUGUGAAUCGAUAAGAACAAAACUGAAAGAAAGCCAAACGUUUUGUUUAUUGGUGAAAAGUCGUUCUUCUACUAAUGAGAUAUAAAAAAAACAUUAAAACUAUGUGAAAGCAUCUAGAAAUGAAGAUCAAAAUACAAUACUUGGUGCACGUUAUCAUAUUAAUUUUCAAAUUUUUUUACGAGCUAUAUUUAUUAUUGUACUUUUUUAAUUUAUUGCAGUUUUUGAAAAUGUAAUGUUUAUUUUAAAAUCGAAAUUCUCUUCGAAUUCUCAAAA